AUGCUAAAUAUUAUAAGGUUGUAUACAUGCUGCUGCCCAUGUUUGAGCUCAGGUACAAAUUCGAUCAUUUCCAUCAAUGCGAGAGAUUACAAGAUUGAGAAACUGCUGCAAGAUGAGAACUUGUCAUAUUCAUAUCUCGUUCGAACGUUAGAUUCGGAGCCACCAUUUGAGAACGGACCCCUGUUUGUUUUAAAACGAAUAUACUGCCCAUUUGGUGAUAUUGAAAGCGUCUCCGCUGCUAUGAAUGAAAUAUCCUACUAUAAGAAAUUUGCUGGUAAUUCUCAUAUAAUAUCAUGUCUAGAUUAUCAACUACAUCAAAAAUACGAUGGAUCAAAACAAAUCGAUGUCCUCUUCCCAUUUUACCAUUAUGGAUCUGUUCAGGAUGAUAUAAACCGGCAUUUACUAUCAUCAUCGACCGCCCUCGGAACAGUCAUACCUGAGAAAGAUUGCAUUAAGAUAAUGAUAGGAUUAUGUAGAGGGUUGUUACCUCUACAUGAUCCCAAGUUAAGAGAACAAGGAUCACCGGAUGAUAUGGCAAUUAUGUCGUAUAGUGAAAAUGCUCCCCUUUUACUGAAUGAUUUGCCCAUGGAGUUAUCCAAAGAUAAUGAAAACGAAAAUGUAUGUUUCGCCUAUUACAACUUGAGGCCUGAUCUGAUUUUAUUGAGCGAGCAGGGAAAUGCUAUCAUAGCAGAUCUUCAAUCUUGUUUUAGGACAAACAUUACUAUUAGUACUGAAAUCCAACUGAAUAGAUUCCAGCAAUGGAUUGAAGAACACUGUACUUUGCAAUUUUCCGCACCUGAGCUUUUGACUUUGAAAAUGGGCGACAAAAUAACUGCUAAAGUAGAUAUAUGGUCACUUGGUUGUGUUUUGUAUUCUAUGAUGUUUGGGAUAUCGCCUUUUGAAAGAGAAGAGCAAUUAAAUGGCGGUGUGGUAAAAUAUUGUAUAAAGAUGGGUAAAUAUAGUAUCCCGGACACGAAGGGUACUUAUUCUCAGGAAAUAAUUGACAUUUUGAAUACCUGUCUUAAAGUUGAUCCUUCAGAGAGGCCCUCACUUAAUGGGAUAUUAAAUAAUUUGCAAGAAAUUCAAGGCAAACUCUCUCAAUAA